UCUGCAGUGUGUAACAUGGAGAGUCUGAGUGACAGCAACCACGAUGAAAGUGAUACAGACUCAGUGGUGGAGAGCAUGAGCAGCCGCCAGGAUGAGGAGGCUGCAGCAACCCUCGAUGAUGUUGUGGAGGCCGGCGGGAGUGAGAAGACUGAGGAGGAGGCCCUGGCUGGGGCAAAUGAGGAGGAGGUGGGGCCGGGAACUGAGAAGGUGCAGGAGGAGGCUGCCUGCAUUGACGAGGCAGAGGAGGAGGUGGGCCCAUCCCUUGAAAAUGACGAGGAGUCCCCAGCCAGCGACCUGGUUGAGCAGGAAGACCAGCUUGCCCCCAAGGUGGACGGGAUGGACGAUGAAAGCCCAACCCUCGAUGAUGUUGUGGAGGCCGGCGGGAGUGAGAAGACGGAGGAAGAGGCCCUGGCUGGGGCAAAUGAGGAGGAGGUGGGGCCGGGAACUGAGAAGGUGCAGGAGGAGGCUGCCUGCAUUGACGAGGCAGAGGAGGAGGCAGGCCCAUCCCUUGAAAAUGACGAGGAGUCCCCAGCCAGCGACCUGGUUGAGCAGGAAGACCAGCUUGCCCCCAAGGUGGACGGGAUGGACGAUGAAAGCCUAUGUUUCAUGGAGAGUCUGAGUGACAGCAACCAUGAUGAAAGUGAUACAGACUCAGUGGUGGAGAGCCUGAGCAGCCGCCAGGAUGAGGAGGCUGCAGCAACCCUCGAUGAUGUUGUGGAGGCCGGCGGGAGUGAGAAGACGGAGGAAGAGGCCCUGGCUGGGGCAAAUGAGGAGGAGGUGGGGCCGGGAACUGAGAAGGUGCAGGAGGAGGCUGCCUGCAUUGACGAGGCAGAGGAGGAGGCAGGCCCAUCCCUUGAAAAUGACGAGGAGUCCCCAGCCAGCGACCUGGUUGAGCAGGAAGACCAGCUUGCCCCCAAGGUGGACGGGAUGGACGAUGAAAGCCUAUGUUUCAUGGAGAGUCUGAGUGACAGCAACCAUGAUGAAAGUGAUACAGACUCAGUGGUGGAGAGCCUGAGCAGCCGCCAGGAUGAGGAGGCUGCAGCAACCCUCGAUGAUGUUGUGGAGGCCGGCGGGAGUGAGAAGACGGAGGAAGAGGCCCUGGCUGGGGCAAAUGAGGAGGAGGUGGGGCCGGGAACUGAGAAGGUGCAGGAGGAGGCUGCCUGCAUUGACGAGGCAGAGGAGGAGGCAGGCCCAUCCCUUGAAAAUGACGAGGAGUCCCCAGCCAGCGACCUGGUUGAGCAGGAAGACCAGCUUGCCCCCAAGGUGGACGGGAUGGACGAUGAAAGCCUAUGUUUCAUGGAGAGUCUGAGUGACAGCAACCAUGAUGAAAGUGAUACAGACUCAGUGGUGGAGAGCCUGAGCAGCCGCCAGGAUGAGGAGGCUGCAGCAACCCUCGAUGAUGUUGUGGAGGCCGGCGGGAGUGAGAAGACGGAGGAAGAGGCCCUGGCUGGGGCAAAUGAGGAGGAGGUGGGGCCGGGAACUGAGAAGGUGCAGGAGGAGGCUGCCUGCAUUGACGAGGCAGAGGAGGAGGCAGGCCCAUCCCUUGAAAAUGACGAGGAGUCCCCAGCCAGCGACCUGGUUGAGCAGGAAGACCAGCUUGCCCCCAAGGUGGACGGGAUGGACGAUGAAAGCCUAUGUUUCAUGGAGAGUCUGAGUGACAGCAACCAUGAUGAAAGUGAUACAGGUAAGAACAGCUCUCAGGUAGGAGCCAAUGGGAGAGGGAUCCCGGGACACUUGGGUGACGCCUGCUGCUUGGAGUGUGGGGCAGGUGAGUCUGAAACUUAAAAACAGAAAGAAAUUGAUGUAAAGAUGUUCACCGCCUACUUUAAUAAGGAGAGGGAGCAGAUAUGAGAUGCCUGAAUGUUGGCAUCUGUGCUCACCUUGUGUGGAAGGGUCUCAGUCCAUGGAGCAGAGGGAAGGUCUGGGCACCUGGAGGAAAAACCAGGGUGAUGCUCUGUACCCGUAGUCACCUCAGGGAAGCCGGAGAAACGGGAGGGCCACUCUUUCUAACUCCUUGAUUCCCCUGAUGGUGUGUUU